AUGGCUACGGAGCCAAACCAGCUGGUUAUAAGACAGACUGCGAGUCAUCAUCAGUCGCCCAGGACGGGAAGCCCUGCUCCGUUCCUUUGUAAGACAUACGAUCUCCUCGAGGAAGAGGAAGAAGAAGAAUUAGAUCAUGAUAACUCCUGCUGUAAUAAAAGAGUUGUGUCGUGGAACGGUGAGGGGAACAGCUUUGUUGUUUGGUCUCCUGAAGACUUCUCUCAGUUCAUCUUGCCCAGAUAUUUCAAGCACAAAAACUUCUCCAGCUUCAUUCGCCAGCUUAACACCUACGGUUUCAAGAAAUCAGCCACAGACAGAUGGGAAUUCCACCACGACAAGUUCCAAAAGGGACGUAGGGACUUGCUUGUGGAGAUCACUAGGAAAAAGUGCGAGCCCAGUGUCUUUCCAGCCUUCCUCGAAGCUUCUAAAAGGGAUUAUAAGGUCACUGCUGCAUCAGUUGACGAAAACAAACAUCUGCUGCUAGAGGAGAACAAGAACCUAAGGAAAGAGAACUCUGAAUUGCUGAUGCAGAUUUCACAUUUCAAAGCCCUAGAGACCAAGCUACUGGACUGCCUUUUUCAGCACACGGGUAGUCACAAUAAAACUAGAGAGUUUGUUAGAAGCUAGAAAAUGAAGAAAGCAGGAAGAGAGAUGAGGGGAUCGAUUAACAUGCACAGGGUCUGUGUUGUCUUUAUAAACUCUAAUCAGGCUAAACCCAUGCAUUAAGAUAUUAUGUUUUGUAAAGCAACAAACGUAGUAAGAAUAACUAGACCGCCAUUGUAGAAAGCUGCAUGGCUUAGGAAAAAUAGAUCUAAAGCAUAAUUUGAACGUUCUUGUGAUGCAACCAAUUGAACCACC